AUGGGGGACAGAAACGGAAACCGUCUAGCUAAACUCCUGCCCGCGGCUCCUCUCUUCCAUCAAAAUUCUUUCUUACAGAAGAAGGAACAUCGCCGCUGGACAUGGGAGUCUCCACAUGGUACAACUCAUGCUGAACUGGACCACAUAUUAACAAACAGAAAGUGGUGCUUACUAGAUGUUGGUGUGACACCAUCCCUCUGCAGUGGUUCUGAUCAUCGACUCCUUCGCGCUAAGAUCAGAUCCAGUCACAAGCUGAGAAAGAUCUCUCAACAUCGCGCAAUGAGCUCGAAGCAUGUUAUAUACGACGGAGAUGUUCUGAAUGACGUCUUGUCCCGAUAUGACUGGCAGGUCCUGGAUGACUCGACCGAAGACUACGACGCGCUGGUCGGAGAUCUCUUGUGCUGA